CGCGCGCGUUUAAGGCGCUCUCUCGGCCGUCAGUUUUGGCCGCGUCUUCGUGCUGCGCGCGCCUUCGCGUCUCUCUCUCUCUCUCUCUUCAACAUCGCCGCGGCAGCCAUCGGAAACGUCGUCCGCCGAAAACCAUAUCUCUCUAUCUUUUCCUUCCUUUCUUUUCUCAUACUUUAACGCAAAGACACCCUAAAUAAUCGAAAGAGAAGAGAGAACGUUGGACUCGUAUGAAAGAGGGAGAGAGAGAAAGAUAGAGAGAGGGAGAUACAUGGCGAGGUAGAGCAGGCGAACACGCGUUUAUUGGUUCUCUCGUGUGUCGUCGUCGGCCGGCGGCCAUCAUGGAAGAAUUGCAGGAUUAGCGCGUUUUAUCGACGAUUUCGAAAGUUUAGAAAAGAGACACUCCUAAUGAUUGAACGUGGAAACACGCAUAUCAUUCGUGUAUACGACAGGUUGGUUUCAUUCGCGGCAUCGACCACGAAGUGUCGCUAGUGUCGUCGAUGAUAAGAAUUUUCCUAGAGCGAGAGGAGAAAGAGGAAGUAGUAGAAGAGUACGGAGGAAGAGAAAGAGGAGGAUGGAAAGCGGAAAGGCGCGUCGCGGUCCUGCGUCGCUCAUCGCCGACAGCGCCUCCAGAACGGGGCGCGUUCGCGCGUGGCUCGAUCGUGAACUGUAGUAGGAGGUGAAGAAGAAGAGAGGGAGAAAGAAAGAGAGAGAGAGAGAGAGAGAGAGAGAGAGAAAGAGAGAGAGAGAGAGAGAGAGAGAGAAAAAGAGAGUCCCCUACACGAAAGGUGUUGGCCCCCCUCCCUUUCUCCCUUUCUACGAAUCAUCGUGUGCCGUGUCCUCGCUAGAGGAGGACUAUCCUUACGGUGGUGAAAAAUGUGAACGGCGUGUGAGCCGGCAUCUUGGGGACUACGAUUCUUUCUCCAAAGACAGUUCAGUUGGCAAACGUUAACCCGGUGGCAACGGUGGCAGUAGCAACAACAGCAGCAUCAGUAGCAGCGGUGGCGCCAGGAUGACCUUAGCCAUUAGCCGCAGGGAGCUUUAAUUUUGGCCGAGUGACAGCGUGCUAGUGGAUACAGAUCCAACUCGAGUUAGCAACAUGACGGCCAUUAACUCGGGUCCGGUCGGGGAGGUGGGCGGCGUUAGGCUGCCACUGCAAUCCUUACAUGGAUACGGUUCCGUGUUCAUGUACUCGGCGUUAACGAGUCCAGGCGGUGGUAGCGGCCAGGCUGGGGGAGGUGGAGGCGAAGUCACCCUCCGCCUCCGCGAACCGGAGGACAUACCAGAGGAAGUGCUCGCUCGUCUCGAGGAUACCGCCACCCUCUCCAUCUCCCUUCAAGGCGACGCAGUCCUGAGGCUAGGGGCGGCUGCCGCAGGAAAUAGCAGUUUGGAACUGUUUGAUAGCGAAAGCGGGCCGGACCUCACGUUAUCGCCGCAAACCUUUACAUCGACGGCGGAAGCUUUCAUCAACGAUAACAGCGAUAGCCUCGGUGUUCCGGGAGACAACGAUACGGGUAGCAGCGAGGAGUCGAAAGCGGGCGCUGGUGAUCCGGGAAAGCGAGGAGUGAAGAGAUCAAGGUCGAAGGCUUCUUCGCCAGUCAGGCAGGGACCACAGCAAUGUCAAAUAUGCGGGAAGGUGUUCAGCAACGCAUCAGCGCUCACGAAGCACAAAUUGACGCACAGCAACGAGAGGAAAUAUGUGUGCCUGAUGUGCGGGAAGGCGUUCAAGCGGCAGGACCACUUGAACGGUCACAGGCUGACGCAUCGGAACAAAAAGCCAUUCGAGUGCCAGGCCGAAGGCUGUGGAAAAUCCUAUUGCGAUGCGAGGAGUCUAAGGAGGCACAGAGAGAAUCAUCAUGCCGGUUGUAAGGGAAACGAAAGUGUCAAUCCCAGUAGUCCGACGACGGGGCCUCACACACCAAACACACCCGGUUCUAAUCCCAGCACUCCGAGUACGCCUGGCACUACCUCGACGUCGAAUGGACACGGGCAUACUGCUUUGAAACAACUCUUAGCCACCGAGCCAACGAACCAGCAACAAAAGAGUGCGUCGUCUCCGGGUGCCAGUAACGAUGGGCUUACGAAACAACAGCUCGAGCUCAUUCAGCAAAUCAUGCAACAAACGCAACAGCAACAACAACAGCAACAGCAACAACAACAGACGUCCGCGCAGCAGCAACAGCAGCAACAACAGCAACAACAACAACAGCAACAACAACAACAGCAGCAGCAACAGCGGAACGGUUCGGCCACGACAACGAGCUCAACGCAAAUCCAAAAGAGCCAAAAGCCAUCAAUCAAAUCUAACGCGUCAUCUGGCAGUCUUCUGAGUAAUUCCGGAAGUACGAGCACAUCCAACAAUGCGCGAUCCAGCCCAAAGCCAAAAAUUUGGAACCAUUCACAGCAACAACAGCAGCAGGCUCAGCAGCAGCAGCAGCAGCAACAACAACAACAACAGGCUCAGCAGCAACAGCAGCAGGCUAAUUCGCCUGGAAAUGGAAACGUUGGGAAGGGUAGUCCCUCACCGGGAAGUUCAGCCUCUCCCGGUGCGGUUUCAGUGUCGAACAAGCCUCAGACCGAACCGAAGCCGGUCGAGUGCAACUUGUGCCAUAGAAAAUUUAAGAACAUACCAGCGCUCAAUGGUCACAUGAGGCUACAUGGCGGUUACUUCAAAAAGGACGCCGAGAAUAAGAAGAGUGAGAAAAAAGAAGUCGUAGGACCUCCUCUACAAACGGCCUCGGUUAGCGUCAGAGCACUGAUCGAGGAGAAGAUCAUUCAAAAGAGAACAACCGCAGCGGACGCGAACAUCAAUCAGCAGCCUCGGGCAAACAGUAGUAACGUGUUCACGAAUCAAGUCGAUGGUGGUUCUCAAAUCAACGGGAAAACUGGUUUUGCUGUACCUGCACCUCCACCUUUAGCGGCAGGCGAGAAAGUACGCAGGCUUUCCGAUGGAGAACAUUUUCGGCAACCGAACGUCACCGUAUGUGGACAUACGACUGUGCAAAAACAACUUCAAGAAGCACAAACGCAAGCACAAGCGCAAGCAUUGGCCGAUAUGAUAUUGAAGAAUACUACCAAAAUGGCUGUGAAGAGGACUACGUCCGACCCUGGACAGAGAUUACAUCUGACGUAUCAACCUUCGGUGCAAUCUGCAGCGAAUAGUCAACAGCAGCAACAACAACAGCAACAGCAACAGCAACAACAACAGCAGCAGCAACAGCAGCAACAACAACAGCAGCAGCAACAGCAGCAGCAGCAGCAACAACAGCAGCAGCAGCAGCAGCAGCAGCAACAACAACAACAACAACAACAACAACAACAACAGCAACAACAACAUCCGAACAACCAAACUCAGGCAACACCUGCCGUCACAGAAUCAUUCACAAUGACGGGAUACUCCGAGGAUGGUGGCUAUUUCAGCCCAAGUCUACAAGACGAAGUAUUUCAGCAGGUUACUGCCGUACCGGAUAGUGUUCUUCUUCAUGCUACUCAAUUGGAUUCCAUUCAAUUUCAGACUGCGAGCUUGUUACAAGAACAAUCCAACGAGCAAUUGCAGGACAUAACGCUUGAGGACAGAUACUCGUCGCAACACACGGUCAAUCCAGAUCUUCAGGCUUUAGUAAACUCGCCGCUUCCAGAUUCUUUAGCAGAGUUCAGUACCUACGGUGCCCAAUAUACAGAAAGUCCACAUACUUUGCCAACACAGUCGCCAUUACCAUCUCCGCUUACCAGACAUGACAGUCCCAGUUUCACAUAUCCAACACCACCGGCCAGUCAGGAAGGACUUCUCACCGGAAAUCUUCCUUUGUUGAGCCCUCAAGAAGACCCCGAAUCGGUCCGUCAAGUUUCGUCGCCUUUAUCGGCGGCUUUCUACACGACGACGAUGUCUUCGGCUGCAGCAGUGGAAGAGGCUUUGAGCGAAGUCUUGCCUGGCGAAUCGGAAGCAGAUGCGGAUCUUUACGGGUCCGGAUCACCAAAUCCACAUUCACCACUGCCAAGUCCACUCUCGGCAACGCCAGCACCUUCUCCUCUUUCAUCUUUGCCACCGUCUUCGGUGUCUUCUCCUGGGCCCGUUACCUUCACCAGUAGCAACUUCCCCGUCUCACCACAUCACGCUCUUCAAAGUCAGAUGAUGCCAAAUUCGGAGGAUCCGCUUUUAUCGUCAGCACCGAAAGACUUCACUACCGCUGGUCGACGUAGAUUCGAAUUUCAAUCGUACAAGCUCAUCAGCAAUCAAAAUCUCGUCGAUUUUGGCUUAGGCAACGGUAGUCUCGCCAGCAUAGUCGUCGACAAUAACGGCGAGUUAAAACUUAUUCAAACAGCAGGUCUUCAGAAGGCAAAUGUUCUUGUGCAAGCGGGCUCUCUUAGCCCAGCAAUUACAUUCAAGAAGGAAAUUCGAUUGGCCACACCAAAAGUCGAUCCUGUUACCAUAAAUCUCGGCUUAAACGUACAAACACAAAAUCAGUAUAACACUGGGCAAUUCAAUCAGCAACAAGUCGUCAAUCCGGCCAAGUUUCUCGUUCAAACUAGUCAUACCGGGAAGAAUAACAAUUCAAGACAAAACAAAAGUAUGAUAGGAAAUCUUUCGAUUCCGGUAGAACAGAUAAAGGAAGAGCUGUUGGACGAGGACGUAUUUCUUAGUCCUAGUAGCGUUUCUGCUGGCAGUCCGAUGCGUCAGUGCAAGAAAAGACCACGCAUGGAUGGUCAAUAUGCCAACAGUUCACAUUCGUAUCCAUCGAAAUUGAGGAAACUCUGCGAUCGGCAUUGGGACAGUAGUUACACCCCACCGCCCAUAUUGAAUCCUUCUCGUCUUGGUCCGGGACUCUACGCGAGACUGCAUCAAUACGAAAAAGACUCGGAUUUUAGCUCGGAUGAUUCUCAAGGAAACGAAGGUCCCCCACCUAGAAUCAACAUAGGCACUAGAUAUCAACCCACUAUUCCACCAUUGGGUUCCGAUGUAGACAAAGGGAAAGGAGGACCCGAAGAGGACCAUCUUCUUUGGGAUCCAGGCAUAAAUGAUUUAAUCACCAACAACGAGCUGGAUAUGUACUUACAUUUUGCCUGUUGUGCUGGCAUACCAGGAGGUGGUAGAAACACAGAGUAUGCGUUUCAUCUAUUACACAUGUGCAAAGGAAAUAUUCAUGAAGCUAUGCUGAAAUUGAUGAGACCAACACCCACGUUACCUCCCGAACAUCCGUUGCUUAGCCACAAAUGCCACGAAUCCGAUCGUUGGACAGCACACGAGAUGGAUACAUUCUAUCAAGGAUUACUCAAAUAUAAUAAGGAUUUCUCAUCAAUUUCGCGAGAUGUAGAGACUAAGUCCGUUAAGCAAUGUGUGCAAUUCUACUACCUCUGGAAAAGACUCUGUCCCGAUGAUUAUAAGAGGCUUCGCGUUCAUCAUGGAAAGCCAAAAAUCAAGAGCGAAAGAAAGGAUUGUAACGAUAUGAGAGAACUUCGCGACGCUAUUUCCUCCGUUACGGAAAUGGACUUUAGCGAAGAGAAAUCAAUCAUUCAUCGUACUUUGUUACAGACAAACGAAAGAGAAAACUCAGCAACUUUCACUACCAGCGAAGGAGAAUUAAGAUUAUUCGCUUAUGAUUGUCCGGAUAGCUUUAGCGGAAGUGUAACAGUAACGAUGGCCGGGAGCACCCAAAUCGCCCAAACCGGCAAAACCGGCCAAGCCACAGUCAACACCAACUCACAAACUCACACUAGUUCUGAGCAACAACUACCCGUGCCUACCCCACUUCACUACCCCUGCAAGAUUUGCGGGAAAGUUUUCAACAAAGUGAAAAGCAGAAGCGCGCACAUGAAGUCACACAGGCCAAUACCAUCCCCCGAUUUUACGGGUCAGGAGUCUAAACGGCCGGCGCAACAAUCCAAGCUACAACAGUUGCAACAACCGAGUCAACAGUUACGGCAGCAACAGCAACAGCAACAGCAACAACAGCAACAACAACAACAACAGCAACAACAACAACAACAAGUACAACAAUCAAGUAGUGCAUCGCCAGAGACUCAAGAAUAUCAGCAACAGCAGCAAGUAUCCUUAACGAAUGGCGACAUCAGCGCUCAAAAUGCAGCGCAUUUAUGGCACAACCCUACAAGACUUAGGCCACCAUAGGGGGAGACCCACGUAGUUCAACUUAAGUUAUCUUAACGAAGACUGUAAUUCUAACGGUAGGAAUUUUGAUUACGAUCGCACGAUAACAUAGGCAGGUUCUUGUUUAUCAGUACGCGAUAUCACGGUUAUCUCUUCCUACCUCAAUGAAAUGACGAAAAGAGUAAGAGAAAGAAAGAAAUCUGAACGGCAUCGCCCGCUCCACAAAAAAGCAAACGUGCUCGAAGAAAUAUGAUUCACAUACAUACACACGCACACAAACACUCAUACACAUAGAGAGAUACACACAUAUUUCAAGGAUUAUCAUCUACAAAAGUAAUUCUUUUCGAAAUAAGAAUACAUUUUAUUUGCGAUCACAAAAGCUGCGGAAUGGAAGCUGAAGAAGAUGAAGAAGAGAAGAUUCAUACAGGACAUAAGAAGUAAGCGCUUUUAGCCGGACUAUUACUAUGAAAUCAUCGGAUAGGUAUCAGGCAUACGAAAUGCACACACGGUGAAUUUUCGCGAAAAAAUCCGAACAUCGUACGCUUCAGAUCGCUGCGUUGCCUAUGAAGUGAUAACGAUAAGACGGCUCCUCUCGAAACAUGCAACCAAAAAUUUCGAACCUCUGUUCUAUGAGGAGACAGGGUAUUCGAUCGUAAUACUUUUUUUUUUCUUCCUAAUAGAAAAAUUACGAAAAAACGGUGAAAAUUAGGACGCACGUUUAUCGUCGGCAACAAGAUAAUGCCAACAGAAUUUCACCUCCAUCGAUGGAUAUGGCCUAACAAAUAAAAAAAUAAAUAAAUAACAAACCGAAGAAAUCAACGUAUUAUAAAGUACACAGUGGAUAGGCAAGCGAAAUAUCGAUUACCAGUGAAAAGCGUAAAUCAAAUGGCGAAAUAUAAAGCUAGUGCGCAGUCGCGAACAAAUAUUUGAUAUAUAUACGAAAAUCGCGAUUUGGAAGAGGGAUGUGUACUUAUUUAUUAUGCACGUGAAAUGUUCCCAAAUUAUGCCACAAGACAUUGCUGUUACCUGUUGCCACUUUAUCAUUCUUUUUUAGUGACCUAAUAAUGUUUAUCUUUUCUCUUUUUUCGAUUUCUUUCUUUCACCACGAGGAUCAAAUUACGAACAUUACUUUUCAUGUUACACGAGUAAACAAUAAUUAUAAUAUUUAACGAAUCAAUUGUAAAGACUAUCAUAUUCUGUCAAAAGAUAUUAUAAGUGAAUCUAUCAAUUUCUCAUUAGGCAAUUUAUAAUUUACAUUUUAGAAUUCUACUUCGCCCUACAUUUUUUAUGAUUAUAAAGAAGAAAGAGAAAUGAUUCGAAAAUUGAUCCUAGAAUGGAAGAAACGAUUGCUUGUACGUUUUCUAACUCUUUGUAUUUAGUUAUUUUAUUAUUAGCAUAUGAGAAACGAUCGAUAAUUAGUCUUUACCGUACGCACAUAAGAUCAUUGAAAAGCUUCCUAAUUUCCUUACCUCUGUUAUACGAAGCAUUAACAAUAUUCGAUCGUAUAAAUUCUAAUAUAUAAAUAUAUAAAUAUAUAAAUAUAUAUAUAUAUAUUGAUAUAUAAUACAUAUAUAUAUUGAUAUAUAAUUGAAAAUAAUUUAUAGUCUAGGCGAAAUAGUUCUCUAACAAGAAGGUUGUUCAAGUUUCGCUCGGAGAUGUCAUGUGACAAUGAGUGUAAUAUAACGAGUACAUAUGCGCUAAUGCAUAAAUAUUAUACAUAUUUGCAUUCAGUACUGGCAGAGGAUAGAGAAGUUUUAUUAAAAAUAUGACUAAAAUACUGGUUAUUAAAUUGCUAUGUGUACAUAAUAUGUGUACAUGUCUGUACAUAUAUACAUCAGUGUCUGUAUGUACAAGUAAAUGAAAUUUAUGCAUAUUAAGUAGAAUAGGUUUUAGGUUGUUUUAGAAAGAUUCUAUAGGUACAUAAACUAAGUAUAUACACUUUACUUGAUUUUCUAUCUUACUAGGGACUACGUGGCGAGACUCUUGCAAAAACAAUGAUGGGCCGCACGAUUUUAAAAUUAAUCAGGAAUAAUGCUUCCUUUUUUUUUUUUUAGAUGGACACGAUGUAACGAUGUUCCUAUAUGUAAGGUGCCUUAAGACGAAACCGUUUUAUUUUUCUCUUAUAUUAUAACUUUUUAUCCGUGCUCGUGAUCUUUCUCGUAUUGCUUUUUAAAUAUCAGACGCACGUUUUGGUUUAUAUUUAACACGAUGAGUUGCGUUGAAUUUUACUGACUGAAACAUGAUAUAUUUACUUACGUACUUUUGUAUUUGAGUCAGAUCCUAAUCUUUAUCUUUUUCUAUUUAUAUAUGUAUAUAUAGGAACAUCUUUUCCAAGAAUUGCAUACAAUAUGUUUGAGAAAGACAAAAUACAUUGCGAAUCAAAGCAAUGACAAAAGGCGUUCUAAGGUUCUAUAAAGUGUUGAAAUAUAUAUGUAUAUUAAGUUUCAUUUAGUGAAACUCUAAAUUGUUAUUCAAGAGAGUUGCCACUGAUCGUAGACGCUAUAAUUCUAUCUUAAAAAUAUUGUUACUGUUAACACUCUUCUUCUUAUUAACUUUUACCAUUAAAUAAAUCACCAUAUACAUUUAAACUUUUUAAACUUUUCUCAAAAUGAUUGCAAAGUGACUGAGGACGCUUUAAAAGAAUCUGCCAAGUCUUGAUAACUUUUAACAGUGGCUUUUAAUCUUCGACUUGUUUCUGUAAAGAGUCCAUGAUUAUUCGGUGAAGGUCUGGUGUCGAAAAGGGGGAAAACAUUUCUCUUCGGGCAUUAAAUGAUCAGAAUACGAUGAAAUUUCAAAUAAUCAAUACGUCAGCGCAUAAUCUUAAUUUUCAAUUAUUUCUUCCUAAUUUAUAGAGACGAUACAGAAAUUAGACACCAAACGUUUCGACCAUGAUUCUCCAUUAUUUAUAUUAUAUAUAUAUAUAUUUAUUUAACUAUUUAUUAUUUAAUUUUCUAAUUAUCUAAUUUAUUAUUUAUUUAUUUAACUGCCUACGUAUGUAUUUAUUUAUUUAUUUAUCUAUCAAUAUAGAUAACAUAUUAUUAAUCCAGCGGAGUAUGACAAAGGGAAUUGCUUUAAUUUCUUCUAAGAGAUCCGAUGUAUCCUCUAUUCGAUAUAAGAUUCUUUUCACUGCUUGUUAACUUACAAAGCUACAAAGACAUUGUCAGUCCGAUAUUUCGUGUGUCAUUCCGGUUAGAUUCAUACGUGUUAAUCACGAUGCUACGAAUAUUUUUAAUGUCCAUGGAAGCACUCCUUUUGUGAUCGUAAAGCAUUCUUGCUUUUGUUACGCCUGGGUAAUAGCCUCCAGUACGAACGACAGAACGUAGAACUAGAAAUCUAUAUAAUAUAUAUAAGGUUCUAGAAUUUCGAAUCUUAAAAUUAGUUUAUUUAAGAAUAAAAUUGUUACGUAUUCCGACCACGGGCUCGAGGCAUAGGUCGAAGGCAACAAAAUUAGCAGACAUAUCAUUUAAGACAAUACAAUUGUUACAGAAACUAAGUUUCUACUAAUAUAAUUAUUAUUAUACGUAAUGUAACUCUUAAACAAAUUUAGAGAUUCAAAGGCAACGGCGUAGAUAGUGAUAAAUGGAAUGAAGCGAUAAAAUUCUUUGACUCUGCAAAUCCAGAAAUCAUCAAGAUCAAAUUAUUUGUGAAAAUAUCAUUUUAAUUAUUUUAAAGCAGUAGCUCUGGCAUUAAAAAAAAAAAAAAGACGACUUAACAGUCGUCAUUUCUUUGUCGUACCCUAUUUUAAUCAAAAAUCACAGAAAUAUAUCGUUUUUAUGACGAGAUAUCUAUGAUCACAAAAAAUUAACUGAAAAUACCGACAUCUGAUUUUCUACUUACUAUGCGAAGGCUUAUAGUAGUAAUAUCUGGAUUUGGAGCAGUAUGGCUAUGUAACGUAUAGAGCUGCUGGAGGCUGCUUACUCAGACAAUGGAGAGAAGGCAUAACAAACGAAGCAAUGAAAUAGUAACGAAGAUAUGCAUGAAUUGUACAAACGAGUCCCUCCACGUCACAGAAAAGAAUGAUAUAUAUAUCUAUAUAAAGAAUAUAUAUAUAUGUAUAACAAAAAUGAUAAAUAUGUGAUGUAUUUAAAUGAUAUGUGGUAAAUGAUAUUACAUUAUUUGUACAUAGACGGACCCGUGCCAUCAACUAAUGAGUUGUACCGAUAUUAUUACUGCCAUUAGUCCUGUCGCAGUAACAUCGAGUUCGAUGAAUCUGGAUGAUAUAUUAAACGCAUCAAAGAAUGUAUUUUUUAUUUUUGUUUUCAUAUCUUUCAAUAGACUAUUUUUAAUGCAUAAGAUUAGACGAAAAAAAAAAAACUAAUUAAGAUUAUUUUAACAUCAUCAUAUGGAUACUGGAACGAAAAUACUUCAUCGUUCAUCGAUUCGUUUGUUUCCAUUUCGUUUAAUUAAUACAUUAAUACAUCUAUCUCGGCGAACUAUAGUUUUAAUUUUUAUAAUUUCUUUUUUUUUACUUUACGCAUCUAUAACAACAAAAUUUCCCAAAGUGAAUGAUUGAUUUUUUUGCAAUGAUAUCGCGUUGGCACAUUUCUCAUGUUUUAUGGCACAAACAAUAACUCGUAUGUUGCAUAAGAUCUCGAUAAUCGUUAACUAAUACUAACAAUAGCGAAAUUUUUAAUGUCUUUUCCGCGGUAUAUUGGUACAACUCGACGAAGAAAGUGUAGCAUGAUUAUACACUCGAGAAAUGUGCUCACGAAUACCGCAUUGAGGAGAUAAAAAAAGGCUAUUAGAUGACUUUUACGGAAAAUUACUCUUAACAAGUGAAAACUUAUUACAAAUUAUCGAUAUUGUAAUCUAUUUGCCCUCUUACCUAUUACCUACUUUAAUGUCUAUCUCUAUACACCAGCAUGGUUCUUUAUACUCUUCUAUUUGAUGUUAUAGUAUUCUCUAUCAACUUUUACUACAAAACGUAUUGUUAAUGAUAUUUUUAAUGUACAAGGACGUGGUCAGCUGUAGGUCGUCCCACGAUCAUCUUCACUCUCACAAUCUUGUGAGGCGACGGCCGAUUUUCAAUAACAAAAGAUAAGAAAAUAACAAAAAAAGAAAAAAAAAAAAAAGAAAAGAGGAAGCAAGAUCAAAAAAUUAAUCUCACAAUGGGAAUAGAUCGAAAUAAUUUGACCUGUUUUGUCAAAUAUUCUGUAUGCAAGACAAAGAGAGCUUAAUGUUAGCGUGAAAAAAAAAAAA